AGUUAUGGAAAACAACACAGUACAUGUUACUGGUUUUCCCCUUUCUGUUAAUAAAGUGAAAUUAAAACUGUUUGUUGAAAACAAUAUAGGACUCGAUAUAAUAGAAGAUGUGGAGAAAAGAGACGAUGUUGUAGUGUUCAAUUUUAAAAAUGCGCAUGGUUUGCAAAAAUUUCUUAAUGCUGGUCUAAAUGAAUAUACCUUUGGAAAUGAUAGUUACAAGCUUACAGUAAUACAGCAACUUACAGAACAAUAUCCAAGAUAUGACACAGGACCCAGACAUCAACAAAGGAAUCAAAGAUACGGUCCAAGAAAUGAGGGUUUUAGAAAUGAAAGACCUAACCAACCAUAUCGACAGAAUCCAGGCUUUGAAGGAGGUAAUGCAAGAUAUGGAGCAAGAGACGAUGGUUAUGUAUACGCAAGAACUAAUCAACCGUAUCGACAGAAUCCAGGAUUCCAAAGAGGUGAUCCAAGAUAUGGAGCAAGGGACAAUAAUUAUGGAAACGAGAGAACCGAUCAACCAUAUCGACAGAAUCCCGGAUUUGGAGGCAGGGACAAUAAUUAUGGAAACGAUAGAACCGAUCAACCAUAUCGACAGAAUCCAGGAUUUGGAGGCAGGGACAAUAAAUAUGGAAACGAAAGAACCGAUCAACCGCAUAGACAGAAUCCAAGAUUUGACAGAGGCGAUGCAGAUCAAUGGAGGAGAAUUUUAUAUGUCACUCAGAUACCACAGCAUUUGUGCAAUCAUCUAGCUUUCAGUUCACAUUUCGAAAGGUUUGGACCUCUCGAACAUUGCUUGUUCAAACCAAACAGGAGGAAUCCUGGAUUUCAUGGAUAUGUAACAUUUAGAAAUCAUAAUGAUGCUUGCCGAGCAAGGCAUGAAGGAGUAAAUGCUGGACCAAUGAGUAAUCUGAGUAUACAAUGGGCUGAUAGUGAAGGUCCCAAACCUACCCCAAACUUUAAUGAACCUGGUCCUGGGCCUCGACGCUCAUCAGCCACUUCUGAUGAUAGCGGUUACUCAACACCAGACAAUCGUGGUCGGAGAAAAAGAAGGCCGAAUGCUAACUCUGCUGGAAUAUCAAGAAUGGGCAAAGCGCCAUCUAUGCCAGACUUACGCCCUCCAACACCAAGUAGACCUUUGAAUGAAGGCCCUCAACACGCUGUACUUGAUCCGAUUCAAGAAGAACUUUUCACUGAAACUCAUUACUGGAAUACAUUAAAGAAGAUGCCUGAAACUGAAGGAUCUAUAUGUGUUCUUGCUCAAAACAUUGAUCCAUCAAAGCACAUUGAUACAGUGAAAAUGCAUUUUGAAAAUAAGAAACGUUCGAACGGCGGGCCUGUGAAAAGUGUUAUCAGAAUGAUUGAUGGAUUGCUCAUUGUAUUUGAGAGUAAAGAAGAUUGUGAGUCAUGUUCAGGAAAACAAGAUCAAAAGUUUGAUGGAAAAGACAUCUCUAUAUUUCCUAAAUCAAUUCCUUCAUAUUUUGAGCAAACCUUCAUCAUCGAGGGAGUUGGAGAAGCAACAACACAAGAUACUUUGACAAUGUACCUUGAAACUAGCUCUACUAAUGAAGCGUCGCCUGUAUCUUUGAAAAAACAAGAUAUACAGGGCGUUUAUCUCGUAGAAUAUGGAGAUGAUUUUGAUAUCAGUGAAAGAGAUUCAUUUUUGGAAAAAAUUAGGAAGAAACCUUUGGAAGACCGGACUUUGAAAGCUUCAAGGCUUUUAAGAACUGAUUGCCUAAAAGCAUCAGGAAUUCCAGAUUCAGUAACAAAUGAUACAAUCAGACUUACGUUUGAGAGUAAGAAAAGAACUGAUGGUGGGCCUGUGACAAGAAUUGAUAGAAUUGAAAAUCAAAUUACUUUGGUCUACUUUGCAUCCUAUAUUGAUACUGCUCGAGUGUGUAGAAGAUUCAAAAAACCUAGUUCUGAAUCAAUUAUUAUUGGGCAACAUCCUGUUGAAGUUGAAUUGUAUUUUCAUUCACUCUCAAAUCUACAUAAAAGUGUUGAAAAAAGUGAAAACGGGAAAAUCUACGAAAAGGUGGCAAAAAAGAUCCACCCAAGCCUACUCCAAGAUCUCAAAAAAAUGAAACACUGAGCACUUACAUUUACAAACCUGAAUGUCAUGAUAAAAUUUUCUUCUUCAUUCGACUAACUAAAGCGCAAGUUAACAAAAUAAAAGACGUUUU